UUGUUUCCGGCGAACACGUUUGCGUACGGAACCACCGGAAGUGGUCCGUCUCGGAAUUACUUCCUCUAUAUAGCCAAUUCUUUUUUUGUUUUUGUAAUUCUGAUACAGCUUCUUGCCGAACAUCCAACGACAACGAGUCUGUUUAUUGUUGCAGAAACAGGGUGGUUGUUGUUCCCAAAACAACGUUGACGUUUGUUGACGGCUGGCGCGACCUCAAUACCGCAAAACUAACAUCAUCGGGAUGGCGGAGGCGCCAGGUACUUCUAACGAGACGAUAACGGAGACCAUUCAAGUAGAAACACCGCCACCGCCCCAGCAGGAGGGGCGUAGCCUGACCAUCAAGCUGAGGAAGAGAAAGACUGACAAGAAGGUGGAGUGGUCCAGCGACACAGUGGACAAUGAGCAUAUGGGAAGGAGGUCCUCCAAGUGUUGCUGCGUCUACGAGAAACCCAAACAGUUCGGAGAGUCCUCCUCUGAAAGCGAGGGAGAUGACGAAGGCUGUGGAAGUGCACAGUGCAUUCUAGGACAUGGGAAAGACAUGCAUGGACACAGUGGAGGGGGUGGGGGGAACUCUGGAGGAUCACAUGCCCAUUAAUGAUUAAGAGUGGAGACUGGGGGUUACGACACAUACUGCUACACACACAGUCUCAUUUAAUUCAGUCACUGCAGUACUGGGAGGAAAAGGGAUAAAGAUUAGAAGAGACAGAACAAAGGAAAGAAAACAACCUGUUUGAUAAGAAAACGGGGUGCUGUUGAGAGUUCAUUGUAUAUAUUACAAUCAGUUUUCUUUUUUUAUAAAGAGUACUUUUCCUUAUUUGUCUAAAUACUUGAUUUUACUUAUGUUGCAGUAUCUUAGCCUGUGUGCCAGACAGUCUGUUCCUGCUUGUCAAACAGGGAUUUGGAAAGAUGAUGAUGUAACAUUGUAGAGAGCUGAAAUAGUCUGGUACCCAGACUACUACUAGGGAGCGAGUUCCAAACAACAGCCUAUCCAGGGCUCUCCAACCCUGUUCCUGGAGAGCUACCCUCCUGUAGGUUUUUGUAGCUGGUCGAUGAGCUGAAUCAGGUUAGUUACAACUGUGGUUGGAGUUAACCUACAAGAGGGUAGCUCUCCAGGAACAGGGUGGGAGAGCCCUGCCCUAUUCCCUAUAUAGGGCCCUGUUCGAAAGUAUUGCACUUUAAAGGGAAGAGGCUGCCAUUUGGGUCGUAACAUCUUUUAUCUCUACUUCAAAGUAAUGAGUACUCCAUGAAUACUUAAGUAGCAAACAGUCUUAUUUUAUGGACACAAUGUUGUACAGACAAACAGUUGUCUAUCUGUAACAUUAAAGAAGUUCAGGGGAGUAUUUAGGACACUAUUUUAAGGAAAAGCUAGUCUUGUUUUUCUUAUUUUCAUGUAACAUUGCUGACAUUACCUUUCAGUUGAGUGCAGUGAAAAUGUGUUGAUGCACAAUCCUCUCCCUGCCCUUUACAAUCCUCAGAAGUGUUGAGUACAUUAGUUUCAGCACUUCAAAUAAGAAUAGAAUUGAUGGCAGAUUGCCUUAAAUUCUGAGAAGAUGUUGUGAAGAUAUGUCCUUUUGUAUUGAUGAGGUGAGAGAAUGUCAACAUACCAAUAAUUAGAAAAAUCUUAGAAACCAUGCAUAUGCAACAAAUUAUAUACACUGAGCUACAAAAGUAUUGGGACAGUGACAUUUUUGUUGUUUUGGCUCUACUCCAUGGCUACUCAAAUAACACAAUGACUAUGAGGUGAAAUUGCAGACUUCCAGCUUUAAUUAGAAAGUGUUUUCAUUCAUAUUGUAAACCGUUUAGAAAUUCCAACACUUUUUGUACAUAGUCCUGCCAUUUUAGGGGACCAACUGUAUUGGGACAGAUUCACUUAAGUGUAUUAAAGUAGUACAAAGUUAA